AUGGCGGUUUAGGAUUGGUACUUGUACAAAUUUGGAUGAGAAAAUAUAACAAUUAUGUAGAAUUUUACAACAUUUUAAGCUCUCUAAGCAGGAGGUGGAUACCAUGGCAUCCGAGAGGGUGGACUGGGUCGAGAUUGUCGAACCUCGUACCAAAGAACACAUUUAUGCUAAUCUGGCUACCGGCGAUUGCCUGUGGAAUCCUCCACCUGGAGUCAAAAUUAAAAAGACAGAUGAUAAUCAGUGGUGGGAAUUAUUUGAUCAGAACACCUCUAAGUUUUAUUACUACAAUGCUUCAAGCCAGAAAACAGUCUGGCACAGACCAGAAAACUGUGACAUCAUUCCUCUGGCUAAACUUCAGACUCUUAAACAAAACACAGAAGUACCAGAUGAAGAAAAAGUAGAUGUCAGAAAAGAAUCAGUUGGAACCCAAACUGUAGUUGAAGGACUUAUGCAAGAAGUACUUCCUCAAUCCACCAAGUCUGCAGGUGUAUCUGUCUCAACACAAACCAGCCCUGUCUCUUCUCCCCAGUUGCCACAUAAACACCAUUAUCAACACAAUCACCAUCACUACCAUAAAUACACCAUAAAUCCUUCUUCGCCUUUCCAUCAUUCUGAUGCAGGUCAGUUUUUCAAUGGAGAUGCGCAAGAAGAGGCUCACCCAGUUGGUGACCAGUACUGUCAGACAUCUUUGUAUUCUCGGGCUUCUCGAGACUCUGGACGCUCUAGUGACUCUAGCUCAGUCUCUCAAAGUCAGAACACUUUGAAAAGUAGUAGUUAUGCUGGAAUUAGCAGGAAACAUGAUUCAUCUGCUUUUGCUGUUUCAUCUGCUUUAAGUGACCCCUUUCAACCAGCAUUCAGACAUUGCUUCAACACAGAAUUCUCUCAACAGACUUCACUUAACCCAGAGCAUUUGAAUUUUCUGGGCUCAUGGAAACACCACAGUAUAGACUCUUCAUCCAUAAGAGAAUGGGAUUCAAAUUGCACUCCAGCUUAUAAAGACCAUGGAAGUUGGCAUUUAGGAAGAUCACAGCAUUUGGAACAUCUGCAUCGGCGGCAUCACAGUGAAGUGGUAUCAUCUAGUCAGAGAGAAGAUGCUGUGCUUUACAGGUAUGCAGUCUCUGAGAAAUUUUCCACAAAUAGAAAACAACUGUCCCAAAGCACAAUUGCUAGUCCAUCAGCGACUGACAUGAGCCGACUCAAGACCAUGGAAUCAAGUGCAGAAUCCUUCAGAAAGAAACAUAGCUCACCUGGAAGUUCCACUCUGUCUUCAGAUUCUCCAUUCCAAGGAUCUGAAACUAGCCAUGAGAGUCAUGGGCAGGCCUUAACAAGAACUAAAUGGACAAACCAAGACAAUCAAGAACCUCCAUGCCUCUCAUCCAAAAGGGAUGAUGAGGAUGAUGUUUCUCUAGAAUCUUACUUUAACAAUUCCUUUUUGAGCAGUUUCCAGCAAGAUAACAGAAAAUGUUCCCACAGUGUUGAACAAAAACCAGUACCCUUGUAUAAUAACCUGGACUAUCCUGCUUUGUGGGAUCAUAACAUCGAUAACCGUUCUUACUUACUGCCGUUACAGCACUACUUAAUGGAACAAGCCAAGUUGUUUGGGUACAAGUUUGGAGACCUUUAUUGUGAUGACAAGGAUUCUUUGUCUCCAAGUGAUGAAUCAGAAGGUAGGCAUAAUGAAGAUGAUGACUUUGCAGAUGAUGAAGGAAUGAGCCAUCAAGACUCAUCAUCUCAAGAAUAUCUAGAUGAGACAAGGUUUUUAGGCUAUGAUGAUGACAAGCCUCUUACUCCUCCAUGUCGGUCAAAGAACAGAGCCAGUCAUAAGUUAGUAGACCUGAGGCUAGAAAUGGAUUUUGGUGAAAGUGACAAUAGCAGCAUCUUCUCAACAUCUUCUCCAGUGUUACAACACCGUAGUGGACCUGCAACACCAUCCUCCCUGACAUUGAACACACAACAUGCCUCUCUUUGUCGUAAGCACUCAGAAUCACCCCCUCUCUACUCCCCUGUACUUGAGAAGUCUCAGUCUUUCCAGCCAAACAUGGGUCAAGCAACUAACCAGCGUCCAUUGUCUAUGAUGGUUUCUAGCAUGACAGAAGGUAUUGUCUCAGGAAAUGUAAUCCAACCAUCUUUUGAUAGACAAGCUGAUAGCAAGAUGACCACUGGUUUUUACUGGAAUAAAAAACCACCAUCAGAAAGUGACAUAGAGAAAUAUGCUCAGGACAACUUCAAUAGACACAAAAAGGGAAUUUUCAGAAAAAAAUUUACAAUUCAAGAUAUGCUGACAUGGUCAAAGGACCCAAUCAGGAAGCCUAUGAUAAUGACCACAGAUAAAUCUUUAAAAAGGGAUGCAUGUGAACUUUUCAAGCUAAUUCAGACAUAUAUGGGUGAUCGCAAAGCCAAAAGUGGACAAACAGUUGAUGCAAUAGUGCUUGAUAUAGCCACUAGGGGAUGGAGUAGACAGUCAUUACGUGAUGAGCUUUACAUUCAGAUUUGUCGUCAAACCAAUGAUAAUCCAAAGAAGGAAAGUCUGAAGUUAGGUUGGGAAUUGAUGGCUAUCUGUCUGUCGUUCUUCCCACCGUCUAUAAAGUUUCAACCGUACCUAGACAGCUACAUCAGCCGCCACAAAGAUGAAACAAGCCUUGAUACACCUGAGCUUAGGGUUAGCCAGUAUGCUGCUAUUUGUAGUAAAAGAUUGGAAAGAAUAGGACAGAGUGGAGCUAAGAAAGGAUUAAAAAAACCAACACUUGAAGAAAUAGAACAGUCUAGAAUCCAAAUUUUUCGGCCUUCCAUGUUUGGCAACACACUGGAAGAAGUAAUGGCAUUACAGAAGGAUCGGUGUCCAAGUCGCAGCCUACCCUGGAUCCAGACCACCCUCUCAGAGAGUGUUUUACAGUUGAAUGGAGCUCAGACAGAAGGUAUCUUCAGAGUACCAGGAGACAUUGAUGAAGUAAAUGCUAUGAAGUUGAGAAUGGAUCAGUGGGAAAUGCCCGAGUGCAAUGAUCCACAUGUCCCUGCAUCCCUUCUGAAACUGUGGUACAGAGAACUCUAUGAGCCUCUUAUUCCUGACGAGUUCUACAAUGAGUGUAUAGAAUAUUGUAAUGAUCCAGAAUCUGCAUUGAGUAUCGUAGAAAGAUUACCAGAAAUUAACCAACUAGUUUUAUCCUACUUGAUAAGAUUUUUACAGGUUUUUGCAGCUGAAGAAAAUGCUUCUGUGACCAAAAUGAAUGCUAAUAACCUGGCUAUGGUUAUGGCCCCAAACUGCUUACGCUUUAUGUCUGAUGACCCAAGAAUUAUUUUUGAGAAUACAAGAAAAGAAAUGGCCUUUGUAAGAACAUUGAUUCAGAAUUUUGAUACAAGUUAUAUGGAAGGAGUGAUCUGAUACCUCAAGGAAUACAACAAUUUAUAAUGUAAAGUGAUUGAUUAUAUGAACAGAAAUUAUUUAUGAAUAUAGUAAAUUAAAUUAUAAAAAAAAGUAAUUUUUAUGAUGCUGAGAGUAGUUACAUUAUUCUGUGAGGUUUGUGAUGAGACCGGUGAGCUUAUAUUAAAUGUCUUGUAUUAUCUGUUAAUACAAAAAAUAGCAAUUAAUAAAAAAAAAAACUGAUUUCUUUAUGCAGAAACAUGUAACCUCAAUUUUUAUUUUAUUUUAUCAAACCUAUAUAAUUCAUUUCUGUUAACUGGUCUCUUUAAUGUCCUACUAAAUCCAUACUGUACUGUAGUAGUUUAAAAAAAAUAAGCAUUAUUGCUGAUAUCACUUCUGUGUACAGUAUUUGUUAGCACAUUUUCUGCCAGAAUUUGGUGAUAUUGAAUAUGUAUCAUAUUUAUUUUUUUGACAAAUGUCUACUUGUGGAGUGAACAAGUUUGUUUCUUUUAAGUUAAUCUUUUUUUUUUCCGUGAUAAGAUUUAGACACCAGAACUUUUAUUACAUAUAAGAACAUAUCCAUGAUUGUCAUGUAAGGAUAGAGACUGUUGAACACAUUCUUUCAUAAUUCGUUGAUCAAAAUGGUAAUUCUGGUGCUUAGAAUAAAGAUAUGCUUAAGAGUAAGUUCUGGAACUCCUUCUUUUUUAUUUUUAUUGUUUCUUUAGUUUAAUUUUUUGGUUAUUAUCAGUUGUUUUGUUGACAAGAAAGAGCAACAGAAACUGCACCAGUUUUGUUUAGUUUAUACUUUUCAAAGAAAUAGAAAACAUUUCUAUGCAUUUUCUGGCUGUGGUAUUAUUGACUUUCAUCAGUUGAUGAUUUUAUAAUCUACUAUAAAGUAACUUUUAAAAUUUGUGAUAAGGUGUUACAUUACAGUGGAUUCUGUACAAAAUAUUGAUCCAGCUACAAUGUUACAUAGCUAAUGCAAUUCCAGUUAUUUUAAUAAGCAAGUUAACAUAUUAAAGGAAUUAACAAUUAUUUCAUGAGACUAAGAAAAAUACUUAAUUUUUUUAAUAAAUCGUUUUAUAUUCUGAUUUUUCAAGACACUAACUGGGAAUUCGAGGCAUGGGUUUGACAGCACCUAGCAACACCUGUGCUGUUAAUUGCAAUAAUAUUUUAUAUGCAUUUGUUAACAAAUGUAUUUUGUUGUAUAAAAUUUUUAUCUGUUAGUAGUGUGUUUUGCUGUGAAGAAAACAAAAGUUACUGUUAAAAUAAAACAAAGCUGUAGCUUCAGUACUUCCUAGGGUUAAAAGAAUAGGGUGAGUGUACUUCAGUUAAGUAAAAAUGUAUUGUGUGAAAAGUUCAAUAUUAUCAAUUUAUAUAUAUUUUCAUUUUUUCACAACACUGUUUCAUAUAUAUAUAUAUAUAUAUAUAUAUAUUAUUAAUAAUGAGACUAUACAUAAAGCAGGAAACAAAAACUGAUAAGAAAUGUGAACUCCUAAAGGUACUUCAGAUUAACGUACUUUUAUGAUCCUUCUUAUCAUCAUCACCAUUACAGUUAUUAUUCAAAAACUAUAAACCGUACACUGCUUAUUUUACUUUUUUCAGCAAAUGUUUUACAUUAUGAGUCUUUUUUUUUGCCUUAACCUGCAUCAAUUGUGCAGUGCAUUUUAAAUAUAAAAUAUAAAAUACGUUGUUAAAAAUCUACUUAAGUGAAGCGUGGGUGAGAGUGGACAGGAUAAGGAAGCAUGUUGUGCUUUGUUUCGUAGUACUUAUUUCCUCUUAUUGGAAACAACAUUUAGACUACUCUGAAUGACCAAUAUAAUCUUAUUGAUGGUAUCACGUACUGUUAUUUUUGAACAUGCUGAUUUACAUAGUUUGCAAGCCAUUGACGAGUUAACUCCAGUUUUUUGCUGAAUAAGAAUAUCCUGUAUUUACAAAAAGAAUAGUAACUCACAUCACAAGAACACCAGAAUAUUUCUUUGUAAUUUAUCUUAACUGUUUUCGGACGUUUGUUUUUCUGCAAAUGGUAGGACUUUUCACCAUAGUAAAACAUGUAUUUGUUUCAGUAUAUAUCAGAUGUAAUACUAGUCUUCAAUAAGUAACUCAAUGUUGAGUAAUACUAUUAUGUUUCUGAAAACACUGUAUUGAGAAAGAAGUGGAUCCCAAAAUCAAAACAAUAUACAGUUCAGUUUCUAAAUAAAACGUUGACCAUUGUUUUGAUUUAUAACUUACUGUAUGCUGAUUUCUAUCUCUGGAUCCAUAUAGCUAGCUUCUUUUGAUGUUUCUUUUUCCAGUGUUCUCUUUAUUUGGUGUUUUUGCUUUAAUUCCACCACUUAGUUGUCAGCUAGCAUUGAUGUGUUUGAUGGUCUUAUAGUUUUAAUUCAAGUUGUAGUGUUUCGUUAAUGCAUUGAGGAUUGAAAAUUUGAAAUUGGAUGAGAUGACUUUUAAAGACAAUUUUUAUGAUCAGGUUUGUUUUACUUUUCUUUUUCUCUUGAAAUACUGAUACCUAUGAUUAUGCAUCUUAGACAAUGAACAUGUUAUGUUAUUAAACUUGACUUUAAAAAAGUCUUUAUCACCACCGGAUACUUCAACUUGUUUAAAAGGUUUAAGAAAAAAACUAUUUCCUGAUUUAUUUGCUAGUUGAAAUUUUAGACCAUGAUAUAAGUGUAUGUCUUAUAUAUGAAAGUUUUAAGUUCAAUUAUUUUAUUAAUUUUAGAGGAAUAUUUAAAAAACCUUACAAUACUUUGAAUUAAAAAUCACAAAGAAAGGAAUUCAUGAAACAAGUUGUCCAACACAACUUGUAUGUACAUGAUGCAACAAUAUUCACUAGUAUACUUGAACAAACCAACACAUCUUGUAUAUUAGUGAUGCAUUAAUAUUCGCCAAUAUACUUGAACAAACCAACACAUCUUGUAUAUUAGUGAUGCAUCAAUAUUCACCAAUAUACUUGAACAAACCAACACAUCUUGUAUAUUAGUGAUGCAACAAUAUUCACUAGUAUACUCAAACAAAAUAUUACUGAAAGUAUUAUGAAUCAGCAGGAAUCCAGUAUAACUUUUUCAAACAAGAUUUAAGCCAAUGUAUAUGUGCCAAAUUUUUUCAAAUUUGUACUUAGUCAAAAAUUUUCCAAUUACUCUUUUUAGUGGAAAAUAUUCAUUCCAAACUAAAACAACAACCCAUUUUUCAGUAGAAUCAUUUUGUAAAAGCUUAAAUUACUCUCUUCAGGUUUAAUGUUAUCAAGAUCUGUGAGAGACAGAAGCAUGAGUUCACAACUAAUUAAACAGAAAGAAAUGACAUACUGCAAUUUUGAUGUAUUGGCAUAUGAGUGAGUGACUUGCUAGUUCAUCCAUGACUUUGAUAGAUGAAUGAGUGAGACAGAAAUGAGUAAUGUAUUAGCUCAUAAUUUGCAAGAUGAAUAGCAAAAAAUACAGUCUGAAGUACAGUGAUUCAAUAACAACACAGGUUGUGAUCUGUUUGAUUAAGACAGAUAAUUUGGAUUUAAAUGUUUUUCAAUUAAUAUUAUAAUACUAAUUGCCAAGUUUGAUGGUUAACAACAAGGUACUUUUUAGUAUAUAUUAAAACUUCAUUCUUAAAAAUAAACUUUCUUGUUUAUAUGGUUCAUUUUAACUUAUUGAAAAUUAAACACAAAAGCAUAACUCUUUGUGUAAAUCAAUGUGUGUGUGUGUUUACUCAGUAGAUAUUUAGGGAUUUAUUUUUUGGGGCAGUUAAUUAACUAGUUCUCAAAAUUGAAUGUCUUCUGUAUAAAGACAGUAUACCUAGAUAACUGUAGUGACUAUAAUGUUGUAGACCAGGUGUAACCAACAGUUAAUAGCUCAGGGAAAUAAAUUGCAAUGACAAGGGGGCAACUGUCAGAAUACUGGUAAGUUAUCUUUACAUCAGUACAACUUCUGGAUAAAGACAGUAUAUCUAGAUAACUGUAGUGACUAGAAUGUUGUAGACCAGGUGUAACCAACAGUUAAUAGCUCAGGGAAAUAAAUUGCAAUGAUAAGGGGGCAACUGUCAGAAUACUGGUAAGUUAUCUUUACAUCAGUACAACUUUUGACAGUCUAAUGACAUUUGUAUAAGUAAAUCCAGAUAGGUAUAGAAAGUAGUGUCUAUGCAGGAAUGAGAAAUAUUCAAAGACCUAAAUGAAUUACUGACUUGCAACAUGCUGGUUGGCCACCUCCUAUCGUAGAUGAAUAGGUUUAGGUUAACUAGUAGUACUAACUAAUACAUCUCUGAUAUUUCUUUACAACAAACAGGCCACCUCCUGUCGUAGAUGAAUAGAUUUAGGUUAACUAGUAGUACUAACUAAUACAUCUCUGAUAUUUCUUUACAACAAACAGGCCACCUCCUGUCAUAGAUGAAUAGGUUUAGGUUAACUAGUAGUAUUAACUAAUACAUCCCUGAUAUUUCUUUACAACAAACAGGCCACCUCCUGUCAUAGAUGAAUAGGUUUAGGUUAACUAGUAGUACUAACUAAUACAUCUCUGAUAUUUCUUUAUAACAAACAACUGUAGUUAAAAACUCCAACCUAGAAGCUUUUGGUGAAAUAUUUGAAAGGAAUAAGUGUACGUACUACUUGGAAAUUAUGUUUGUUUGCUGGAUUUCCAGGACACACUUAUUAAAGCUAGAUACUUCAUUGUUGUUUUUUUUUGUUCUGGUGAUUUUGCUUAGGGUUGAAUAUAAUUUACUAAAGUGCAACCUAUUUGUAAGAAACUUAAUCUGAUUGUGAAUUAAUAUUCUCUUUAUGGAAGUUUCUCUUAGACAACUACAACUACUUUUUUAUUUUCAACAUUUCAUGUGUUCUUUUAUCAUUGUUUUUCUUAUUAUCUGUUUCAGUUAUUUAGUUUUGCCCUGAUCAAUGCUAUUUAAACCUUUAAUUUAACAUAUUUACCUUUGAAGUGCACAGUUACUGAGUUUUUUUACUAUAUAACUUGCUUUAGUUCAGUUCCUAAAACAACCUUCAGUGUUUUUUUAAUCUAUUUGAUUUUUUAUACCACAGGCUCUCUGAUAUUUUUUGUAAACAUCUUUCCAAUGUAAAACUUCCUGGCUUGUCUGAAAGCUUUGUAAUGUAUACUCAUGUUUAGGUUUAUAUACUUUUUGUGUAUAUGUUGUUUUUUUUUCAUGUGAUCUCACUAAAAUUUGAGUUUCAUAUCUUGCAUACCAACUCCAGAUCUGAUGUAGCUUGUAUAGCUGAAAUAUAUUGUGGUGAUGUAAUAAACACUUUAUGUUUUUUAA